AUGCACGACAAGUACUCUUUCACCAACAUCACGCUGGAGGACUUCCACGUUAUAUUGGACAGCUAUGCCGGCAUCGUACCGUCAAAGCUCAGCGACCUCGACAAAGCCCGAUAUGACACUGUACCAACUGGACUGGAGACCACCACGGAUGAUCCAUCUACACUGACCAAAGCAGAAGUCGUUACGCUAGUCGACUGGAAGCUAUCACACGCCACUUUCAGACCAACUUUGAAAGCUCUCGUGAACCAAAAUGACGAAGACACCAUUGCACAGGUCACUGCCACCGCCUUCGAAACAUUCUCAAAGGAUCCGAAGAGCAAUGCCAAGCCGGCUCUGGCCGAACUGACAAAGCUGAAAGGCAUUGGCCCAGCGACCGCCAGCUUACUGUUGAGCGUCUACGAUCCGGAUCACGCACCCUUCUUCUCUGACGAACUCUUCCGCUGGGCAUUCUGCGAUGCCGGCAAAGGCAAAGGAUGGGAUCGACCUAUCAAGUAUACGCCGAAGGAGUACCUGGAGCUGUUUGGAAAGGUUCAGGAACUGCGACAGCGACUUGAAGUCAAAGCUGUCGAGGCAGAGAAGGUUGCGUAUGUCCUAGGCAAGCGAGCUGCUGGCGUGAAGCUGUCCAAGGAUGAGGCUCAAGCAUCGACAACGCAGAGCGACACGAAGCGGAAAGCUGCAAGUCAUGAUGAAAGAGCACUCAAGACCACCAAGCCCGCAAAGGAGAAGGCUGUCGCGCCCGCUGUCAAGAGGUCAAAGCUUGACACUGCUGAUAAUCAGCCAGCUACCACUACGAGGACCACGCGAUCUUCCGCACGACUCAAUGCAGAUGAACAGAAAUGA